CACCCUAUCUUGAGGAUAUAAAAGAAGCACCAGGGCACUGAAGGCACGACACCUUCCUCUUCCACAGCAGAACACCUGAUCCUACUGCUGCCUUGUGCUGCAGCCAUGGCUACUUCCUUCAUCCAGAGCUCUUCUUCUACCUAUGGUGGUGGCUUUGGGGCUGGUGGUAGCUCUCGCCUCUCCUCAGUCCGAACAGGAGGAGCCUGCCGUGCUCCAAGCAUACAUGGAGGGUCUGGUGGCAGGGGUGUCUCCAUCUCUUCAGCUAGGUGUGUCUCCUCUGCAGGAGGUGGAUUUGGUGGGGGCCUGUAUUCUGGUUUAGGCAGCAGCUGUGGAGGAGGCUACAGUGGCUUUGGUGGUGGUGCAGUCUGUGGCUUUGGUGGAGGGGCUGGCUUUGGUGGAGGAGCUGGCUUUGGUGGAGGUUCUUGCUUUGGUGGAGGAUCUGGUUUUGGUGGAGGUUUUGAAGUUGGUGGUGGCUUUGGUGGUGGAGAUGGCCUUCUCUCUGGCAAUGAAAAGAUAACUAUGCAGAACCUGAAUGACCGCCUGGCCUCGUACCUGCAGAAGGUGCGAGCACUGGAAGAGGCAAAUUCAGAUCUCGAAGUUAAAAUCCGAGACUGGUACCAGAAGCAAGCUCCCAGCAGCCCAGCCCGGGACUACAGCAAUUACUACAAGAUAAUCGAGGAUCUCCGAGACAAGAUCCUUGCAGCUACUGUUGACAAUUCCAGAGUCAUUCUGGAGAUCGACAAUGCCAGGCUGGCUGCAGAUGACUUCAGACUGAAGUAUGAGAACGAGCUGUUCCUGCGCCAGAACGUGGAGUCUGACAUCAACGGCCUGCGCAGGGUCCUGGAUGAGCUGACCCUGUCCAGAACUGACUUGGAGAUGCAGAUUGAGACACUGAAGGAGGAGCUGGCCUACCUCAAGAAGAACCACGAGGAGGAAAUGAAAGAGUAUUCAAGCCAGCUCAGUGGAACAAUCAACGUGGAAAUGGAUGCGGCUCCUGGCAUCGACCUGACCAAAAUUCUCUCCGAGAUGAGGGAGCAGUACGAAGCCCUGGCUGAGAAGAACCGUAAAGAUGCUGAGGCCUGGUUCUUCACUCAGACUGAUGAGCUGAACCGUGAGGUAGCCACCCAUACACAGCAGAUACAGACCAGCAAAUCGGAGAUCACAGAACUGAGACGCACAGUCCAAAGUUUGGAGAUUGAGCUCCAGUCGCAGCUCAGCAUGAAAGCUGGACUGGAAGCCAGCCUGCGAGAUACAGAAGGCCGAUACUGUGCUCAGCUGGCCCAGAUUCAGGCCCUCAUCACCAGCGUUGAGGAGCAACUGAGUGAACUGCGGUGCGACAUGGAGCGUCAGAACCAGGAGUACAGGAUGCUCAUGGACAUCAAAAGCCGCCUGGAGCAGGAAAUUGCCACCUACCGCCAGCUGCUGGAGGGCCAGGACUCUCAGAUGUCACGAGUGAUCCCUAAGGAUGGACCAAACGCUAGUAGAGUUCGCAACAGUGCGGAAGAUGAUGGAAAACAUACUUCUCCUCGUGACAGGAGAUACUAGGAAAGAAAUACUGCAUCCUCCCUUGCAUAUGGCACCAUAUAUAAGCAGCGCAGCAUGCAUGCUGGAUAAUGCUGAGUGAAAUCAUCCCCUUGUACUGCUGCCAUAUCACAAGAAUGUAAUCCAAGAAUGUGUACCAGCUUGAUAGCUGUCCUUAAACUUGCUCUCCUCUUUACCUGCUUGUGUGACUCUGUGCUCAGAGAUGACAAGCUUGUUUUCUGUCUGUAGCUAUACGGUUUCCUUAUAAAAGAACCUACAUAAUAAAGUUGCUGUUCUGCUUGUGCAAGUA